AUGGAAAUGACGGAAACUGGUGAUCUUACUUCGGUUCCGACCAGCGUGAUCAGGCCGAUCCCAUUUCUUGUUAUCUUCAAAGAUUUAACACAUGUAUUCAGUAUGGAUGCUAUUGGACGAGAGAUACUAAGCAUGGCGUUUCCGGCGGCUUUGGCUUUAGCUUCUGAUCCAAUAGCGUCUCUGAUUGACACCGCUUUUAUCGGGCGUUUAGGAGCGGUUGAGCUAGCAGCGGUUGGAGUAUCCAUUGCGAUAUUCAACCAAGCUUCUAGAAUUACGAUAUUCCCAAUUGUUAGCGUCACAACUUCAUUUGUCGCAGAGGAAGACACGAUGGAGAAGAUGAAAGAAGAAGAAGCAAACAAAGCCAAUCAUGCAGAUACUUUACUUGUUCAAGAUUCCUUGGAAAAAGGUAUUGCGUCAGCCACGAGUAACAACACUAGCCAGACGCAGCAAACGCCAGCUUCGGUAACAAAGUCAAGCAGCGGAAACAAAGCGAAUAAAACAGGAAAGAAGACUAUCAAAUCAGCAUCAACGGCCAUGAUCAUAGGGCUAAUCUUGGGCCUUUACUUGACCAUACGAUCAUUGGGUGCUCCUGCGUUGCUUCUAUCGCUUUCAAUGCAAGGCAUCUUUCGUGGCUUCAAGGACACCACAACUCCUCUCUAUGCUACACUCGUAGCGGAUAUCAUCAAUAUUAUUCUCGACCCCAUUUUCAUCUUUGUGCUUCGUCUUGGCGUCAGCGGUGCCGCCAUUGCCCAUGUCAUUUCUCAGUACUCCAUGACUCUAAUCCUGUUCAUCCGCCUAGCGAAGAAAGUAAAUUUGAUGCCACCAAACUUCGGAGAUUUGCAGUUCGGAAAGUUCCUUAGAAAUGACGAAUUUGAAAUGCAGAUGGGUUUUAUGUUAGGACUUGGACUGUCCGUUUUCGUUGGACUUGGUCUAUACUUUGGUGCCGGAAUAUUCACCAAGGACCCUACCGUUAUUCACCUCAUAGCCAUUGGAAUACCGUUUGUAGCAGCAACACAGCCAAUAAACUCACUCGCUUUUGUAUUGGACGGAGUCAAUUUUGGAGCAUCUGAUUUUGCUUACACUGCAUACUCCAUGGUAGGAGUUGCGGCCAUAAGCAUUGCAGCAAUCAUAUACAUGGCAAAGUCCAGUGGUUUUAUAGGAUUAUGGAUAGCUCUUACCAUCUAUAUGGGUCUCCGAGCUAUUACUGGAAUUGCCAGGAUAGCGACAGGAACUGGACCGUGGAAAUUCUUGCGUGGACGAUCUCCUUCAUCUUCCUAG